AUGAUGGACAGGAACUACCCACCAGCCCCCAGCUACCCUGAUCCAUUAGGUUCGGCCGCCGCCGCUGCCGCCUCUUCGCAACCCGCCACCGUCUGGGCCUAUGAACGGGGCGUCAGCAGCCUCAAGCCCAGUUUAAACUAUGGAGGAGGACAUUCAUCACACUCAGAAGCGGAUCUUCUUAGACAAACAUAUACAGCUUCUCAGCAGUUUCCUGUGUACACUACCACACCCCAUCCUUCUGGUCUUCCUGGAAUUUUUGAUAAUACUACACACAGUGACAAUAGCAACACUAAAGAAACAUCAGUUAUGAAUUUUCUCUCUGCAAUCGAAUCUCGCAAUACUCAGACUGUUUCUUCGGGAACAACUCUUUUACCACAAUUUAGGACUCCCACGUGGCAACCAGGCAUGCAUUCAUCAACUGAGCUUUUUACCCCUGGAACCCUACCAACAUCUGGAACCUUUCCAUCAACCUCAGUUUAUCAACAUCCCAAUGCUUUUAGCAGUAGAAACUUUGUUACUACUCCUUCUUUAACACUUCAGGAUACAACUUUUAGUGCAACCUCAAAUGGGCUUCUAACUGCUCAUGACCCUUUAUUGCAGAUCAAGACAUCCCAAGGCACAGUCCCCCCAGGACUCACUUUUGAACGUCUGGGCAGUUAUGUAUUAAGUACCAGCAUACCACCACAGUCUUCAACGUACCGUUCUGCUCAAGAGUCUGCACCACAUCUCCUACAGCCACAGUUCAGUUUAUUGCCUUCAUCACUUGGUGGAGGAGCUCAGCAGACUCCACAGGUGUAUAACUCAACUCUGUUUACUGGUUCUACUGCCUCCAUUGAAAGAGCACUGCAGCGUGAAUGUAGUGUAAUUAAACACCAUCAGCGGCCUUCAAACACACAGUCUGUUCAGGCACAACUGACUGGUUCACAGCAUUCCUUACAGAACUAUUUACCAAGUACAAAUGAAACUGAUUAUCAGGAUGCAUCCCGCCAAUCAUCUUGUAGCCCAGCUGGCGAUGCUACUCAGGUGAGCAGUAGUGGUCCACAGCAGAAAUCCUCUCAGGUUUCAGUGGAACAUGCUCAGUCAUAUGCAUCAGCAGUUCCAUCACCAGGUUUCCCCUCUGUUUCCACUACAAAUGCAAAACAGUGUUCUACAAAGCAACCACCAAGGUCAACAAAGACACCCAAACCACAAAGUGUAGCCCCUUCUGUACAGACACAAAGUUAUUCCAAAAUUGCACAGAACCAGAACUCUGUAAUAGCUAGUCAAGCACAAAUCUAUUCUACAGCACAGCUCCCAAGUCUUCUGUCAGUAAGUCAGUCACAAAAUUAUAUUUCAACACAGUCGCAGAAUGUGCCACCUGUUAGUCACGCACAAGCAUUCUCAGCCAUCAAGAUUGAGAAAUUACCAUCAUUCUACAAAACACUUUCGUAUGCUGGGCAAUCAGAAGCUGUUACUUCUGAAAGCCAGGCACUACCAUACACGUCUGACCAACAGGUAUUAACCUCAGUUUCAAAUACCUUCUCUGGGCAAACAAGGGAUCUUUCUUCAAGCAGCCAGUCUGAAAAUUAUUCUUCUAGUCAUUCUCAGGGUAUGUCAACAGUUAGCCAGCCACAGAUUAGCUAUUCAUCUCAGUCACAGGUCUUGUCAGUUGUUAGUCCUUCAGAAACAUUUUCUUCUCAUAUUCAAAACCUGUCAACUACAAGCCCUCCCCAGAACUAUAUUUCAUUGCAUUCUCAGGUACAAGAGUCACCCUCUCCACAAUCUCAAAAGUUUUUGCCAGUUGUACAGUCAACUCCUUUUGAAGUAACACCUAAUUCACCAGCAUUGCAGAACAACAGAUCUUCCUCAGAUACAAAGUCAUACAUUAAAAGGAAAUCUGAUCCUAAUUUGUAUCAAACAUCUAAACAAGAUGAUCAGUUUCCAAUGCAUAAUUUUCAGGCACUGCAACAGCAAUCAUCUCUUGAUUCCUCUCCUCAGAGACUUACUGAUGGUGAGAUUAAUGCUCAGGAUACAACUUACAAAGUUUCCAAAGCAGAUAAUCGCUACUCUCAAAGUGUAAUCAGAAGUAACUCUCGUCUUGAAGAUCAAAUUGUUGGGUUUACUUUUCAAGGAUCAAAAAAAGAUGAAACAAUGGUUAACCCUGUAACACAAAUCAGCCAUAUUACCAAUACAGUGAAUCAUGAUAUUAAAAAAGCAAGAAAUUUACUAUCAACAGCACAAGUAAAUGCAGACAGUAAAGAACUUGGCCAGCAAGAGUCUCUUAUGCACAAGGUACAUGAAGUUAAAGUCUCAGAGCAACAAAUUCAUGUUAGUUCACCAACUCAGCUUCAUACUCAGGCCAUACGGCACAGCCAUCAGCUAUGCCUGCCUACUUCACAGGUACUUCUAGAAUCCCCCUGUGAUUUACAAAUGCUUCAGCAGUCAAUAUUGCAAUCUGGUUUAGGAUACACCAAAAGUGUUCCACAAGUACAGCACCUUAUGAAUUCUCAGCAGUAUCUUCAAGUGGAUGGUCAUAUGAUUCAAGGUAAUGGGAGGCAUUCUCAGGAGCAGCUUCACUCGCAACACUCUGAAAUUUUGAAAGUUAACCUUUCUGAACCAUCAAAGCCAUUACAACAUCAUUUGACAUCCAAAGAUAAUUUUGAACAGCCAAAUCAUGAAUCUAAGAAUCAAUUUGUUUCCCUUAGUUCUGUAUGUUUUCCAGAAUCUGUACUUCUCAAUGAUGAAAGGAAUAUAUUGUCUAAUGUAGAUGAUAUCUUGGCAGCCACAGCUGCAGCUUGUGGAGUAACACCAUCUGAAUUUGCAAAAUCAACAGCCAGUGAUGAAGAAAUUCAGUCAAUUGAAAAUGGACAUAGCCCUAAAUCUCAGUUUCAUACAAUAGAUGUCAGACACGUGACUCCUAGCUUCAACUCAUCACCUGCAAUUUCUGGAAAGCCACUUAGUGUGAAUAAUAUUUCUUUAAAUGGAGGUCAUGUUACCCUAAAUUUAACAGCAGUAUCUGCAGAACAAACAAAAGAUAAGAACCUUGACCAACAACACAUUGAGAUUUCUGAUCAAGGUAUUCCUACUAGAAUUACAACAGUUGAGAUUGAAAGAAGGCAGGAACAGGUUUCUAGUCAAGUUAAGCAACACUCCAGCACCAGGAGUGAAUCUGAAGCUAAAAAUAAUGUUCAUAUGGAUGGAACAUUAAACAUUAAAGAUAUAGGCCUUAUUUCAAGUAGUAGGACUCUAAAUGAAGGGAUUGCAAUGUCACAAACAGAUUAUAGCAUGGCAAGUAACAAUGCUGACGUUCCACUGCAACAAAUAUCUAUGCAGCAUCCAAGAAAUGGAAAUGGUAAUACUGAAGACAAGAGCCAACUUUUACCAGAAGAGGACCCUCAAAUGCAAAAAGACAGAGGACAGAAUCAAAUUAAAAAUGUCAGUGAAGUUGUUGAUAAAAAUCAGAAGCAACUGAAACGAAGUGGGCAGUGCAAACGUCAAAAUUCAAGAGGCAUUGAUGCCAGCUUUCCUUGCUCUCCGGUUCCUGAAAACUGUUAUGAAACUUACCAACAUCAAGAAAAAAUGAGGCAGAAAAUUAAAGAGGUGGAAGAAAAGCAGCCAGAAGUUAGAAAAGGAUUUAUUGCAUCUUUUUUAGAUUUCUUGAAAUCUGGACCCAGACAGCAGUUUUCAGCACCUGCUAUCCGUGUUCCUAAUCGUGUAAGAAGACCUGUCACCCCACUUAUUAGAGCACCUUGUCAGUUGCCAAUCUCAAAAGCUCAGACAGCAACAGCUACUUUGCCUUUUGAUGGUUCUGCUGAAAAUUCAGUUAAGAACAAUUAUGAAGAACCUAAGAUAAAGUCAGAAGCCCGGCCUUUUUUUUCUUUUGAUAAAGAUAAUGUGGGGAACAACAAAGAUCACCAAAAGAGUAUAUAUUCUUCAUUAUCAUCAUCUGAUAUAAAGACAAAUUCAGAAAUUGACAAAACAGUUUCUCAAGCCAUCACUAACACUGCCGUAAAGAAGGAAGGUUCCCAAAUGACUGUUACGAUGGCAGAUGCACAGGUGAAAACCUGUAUAGCACAAUUCGAAAUGGAGAGUGUUGUUACAGACCAGUUAGCAAAACCGCAAGCAUUGGUUGCAGUAGAAGGAUAUACUGAGGAUGACCAUGGAGACAGUGAAGGCGAAGGCAUAUACAGAGAGCGGGAUGAAUUUGUAGUGAAGAUUGAAGAUAUAGAAGCACUAAAGGCUGCUUUAAAAAGAGGAGUGGAGCCUCCAGCCAUCUGGAAAGUUCAAAAGGCUUUGCUGCAAAAGUUUGUACCUGAAGUACGAGAUGGACAAAGAGAAUUUGCAGCUACUAAUAGUUAUCUUGGGUACUUUGGAGAUGCAAAAUUGAAGUAUAAACGAGUAUAUGUGAAGUUCAUAGAAAAUGCAAACAAAAAAGAGUAUGUCAGAGUAUGUUCCAAGAAGCCAAAAAAUUCACUUGUACACUCUGCAAGAAUUGCUCACUGUAAACCGAGCAUGAGCAUCCCUAAAGUUCCUGAUCCCCCAGUGCCAAAAACUGUUACAACAAAAGUUACUUCAAUGAAACUCAAAGCAAAACAGCCAAAGGCAAAGGCUGAACCACCACCCAAAAAACGCAAAACAUGGAAAGAAGAAUCGCCCUCUACUCCUCAGCUGCAGAGUGAUGAGGAAGACACUGAACCACCAGCACCUAUUGUUUCUCGGUUUUUAAAUACCAGAGCUAUGAAGGAAACAUUUAGGAAUUAUAUGGAACUGCUUGUCAGCAUUGCCUUGGAUCCAGAUACCAUGCUGGCAUUGGAGAAGAGUAAUGAUGAGCUGCUUUUGCCUCAUAUGAGAAAAAUUGAUGGCAUGCUGAAUGACAAUAGAAAAAGGCUGCUUUCCAAAUUACAUGUGGAGCGACCAUUCAAGGCCGCUUUGGAAUGUUUUCCUGAACUGACAGUAAUAACUCGAGAUUCUAAAACAAAAAUGGGAACGAAUGCAGUUUCUAGAGUCAAGAUGAAUGGGAAAGCUUAUAAUAAGAAAACACUGAAAAUUUCUAAAGCAGCCACAAAAUUAGCACAGGAAUUUACUGUGGAUCCAGAAAAAAUUCCUUUGUGUUCUUUGUAUCAUUCACUCCAUCAUUACAAAUAUCACAUGUUUCUCAGAUGUAAAGUAGAGAUUUCUUCCGUUCAAAAAAAGAAUGCAGAUCUAGGUCAAGAGGAAAUAGUACAGCAGUGCAUGAAAAAUAUAAAAUGGAUAGAAGAUCUCUUUGAGAAGUUUGGUGAACUUUUGAAUCACGUUCAGCAGAAAUGUUCCUAACAAAUACUGAUCCAAAUGUGACUUUUUUUUUCUUCUGUUCUACUCAUCAAAAUAAAAGAAUAGGCUGAUAGGCUGGUCAUGCCAAGCUUUAUUCUAGGUCAAAAGAAAUCAUGGUAUUCUGGGUUCCUUGGAUUCUAAUAAGAAAAAAAUAUAUAUGCUGCCAAGCAAAUGGAACUACAAACAAACCUGCAUUUUUAACUUGGAGAAUAUUUUUUUCCUAUUUUGUAAACACUUGUUUUGAAAUAACUUAGGUUUAUUUUUGACAAAUGAUCAAAGCAUGUACUUAAAUAUAUAUUUUGGCUAUGAUUAAAAUAACUUUUUAAAUAUCAUGCCAUUUUUUUUUUACUCUGAACACUAGGAAGAGUCACAGUGGUGGUAACUGUGACCAAUCAAGUAGAGUCUCGAACAUUUUGCAGAGAAAUCUAAUAGGACAAGAAUGACUGUAUGAAUAAUCUCCAUCCACAUUCAAGAAUACCAUUCUCCUUUAUGAACUCCAAUUACUGAUGUUAUGUUCAGGAAAUUCAACAUGGAUUUGGUGCAAUCCUAUGACUGCUAUUUUGUGACAGAUUAUAUUAUAAUAAAAACAAUUAAUUAAUUAUUUUCCCUGGGUCUUGAAGAAAGACAUAUUUUUCCUUUACAUUUGUGUCCUUUAUUUUUCCCUUUUGGAAAGAAAUCAAUUGUACAUUUUAUCCCACAAAUAGUUGUAUUUUUCAGAGGAAAAAGUAUUGUGGCUUAAAAUCAUUUCAUGUACCCUUGUAAUACAUUUCCAAUUGUUUUCUUGUUCAUUUUAUAUAUUAAUUUCAUUUUGUAAACUAUGUAUCUUGAGAUUAUCUUUGUUUAUACAGGUUUGCUUCAGUGUUAACCAUGAAUGAGACAUAUUAGACUUCAUAAGUUUGCUUUAUGUAUGGUUAUAUUGACAGAUUGCAGCUUAUUUUCUGAUAAAUGAAAGAUGAUUUUUGUCUUAAAAUUGCUUGAUUAAUAGAACAUUUCAAUAAACAGCUACUACAUUGGUCCUCAGUAAAGUGAGAAUUAGCAAUUGACCAGGCUAUAUGCAGUGUUGAAAACAAUUGACUUUUUUAUUUUUGUUAUUUAGAAUUGGUAAUGGCAGAACUGUUUGUUUCUUGGUGCCUUUUCAGAGUCUCAGGCAUCUUUUGUAAAUGACUUUCUCUGAUUAAUUAUUUUUCAGUCAGAAUCAGUAGUCCCACUUAAGUUACAAAUGGGCUAUACUUGCAUCAAUAGGAAUUUUUUUUUAAAAUUUGCUAACAGAAUGCCUUACCUCAGCCAUUGAUUCAAUAUGUGCAGGACUUGUUAUUUAGAUUUUGUGAAAUUGAAGAUCCUGUACGUCCAUCAAAUAAUAUAUUAAAACAAUUCAUUUCUCCUGUCACUGCCACCUAGUGCCUUAAUUUCAGCCAAGAAAACAGGUUUCCUCAUUCACUAGCCAAUCAGGAUAUUAUUAUAUGUAGCAUGAUGUAUUUUCUUUAGUUAUACAUGUGUUCAUGCACCUUAGAUAUGUAAAAUACAAUGAAGGGCUGUGUUCAUGAGCAAUUAAACUAGGAUUUCAAAAUAUCGAAAGGCAGCAUUUUAUCUUAAUUUGUAUCUUAUGUUGGACAACCAGUGUAUUUUCCAAAUAUGUUUUAAUGUUAUUGGAAGUAGUACUUCUCAUUUCAUUCCUCUGAUGGGUUCAGUCAAAAUAUUGAUAGAAAUUGGUAAUUGGACUUAAAUUGAAAAAGUCAAGUUGUGAUACUAUGGCUAUGAAACUUGAGUUAAUGCCUUGUGCUAAGAUAUGGUUUGUUUUAGCUAUGAUUUUGUUCCAUAAGUGAUAGUAGCUGUGUUUACACAGAAAUAACCCACAAACCAUGGUUUACAUGUUAGAUUCUAGAUCUGAUUAAGCUGAAACAAAGAAAAUUAUAUUAUGGCCUAGCACAAUGUGUUAAUUCAGUCCAAAUAUAUUUCCAUUGAUCCUAUGGAAAAGUUAAAAAUACAUAAUUAUAUAUUAUUGACUAAAUCUUGAUUUCUUGCUUAAGAACAAUUUGUGAAAUGCAUCUGGUUAUAAGCAAUAAACCGGUACUGCUUGAAUGUGGGAAAUUAGCAUAUGCACAUUUACUGGAAAUAGAUAUACUUCAUUCUUACCUUAAAAUCUAAUCUUAUAUUCAUCUGGAUACAAGCCCCGUUUAUUUAAAGGACUUUUUUUUUUAUUAAAUCAGUAGGACAGCAAUAUAAGAAUACUGUUCUGCAUUUUAAAAAAUGGAACCUUUUUUUCUGCUAUAGAUGCAAUAGCCUACUUAUUUGGGAUGGGUAUUUAAAGAAGAUAUAGUUUCCAUAUUAAUUUCUAAAACGCCAGAAAAAAAUUCAAUUGAAGGUUUAUAAAUGUAAUCCAAAAAUAGCUCUUCUACCACCAAUUUAAAACAUACCUUGAAAAAGGCCUAUGAAUAGAAGAUGUAAGUGGAGUAUGACUGGUUCAUCAAUUAUAACCUAUUCUAAAUUAGCAAUUAACACAAGGCACUUAGUUGAUAAAACUUUAAAAAUGUGAUUUUUAAAAAAUAUUUCAAAGGCCUGUCCAUUUCAACUUCUCACUAUCAAUUCUUAAACCAACUUUGAAAUUUGUAUCCAUUCAAUGAAAUAAAAAGGCUUUCAAAUUCUAAUUUCAGACUGCAGUCUUACAACAGUCUCUUCAACUUCAUUAAACCAAUGGAACUUACUAUUAGUUAACCUAUACAUAACUAUACUGCUGUGUCAGUUUUCUGUUUUAAUCUUAGGUGGCAAUUGUCAAAAGAUGGGGAAGAGCUUCUCAGGAUUAUGGAAGUAAAUAUACAAGUUUUAGUGUUUUAAUAAAUAA